AUGGUGCUGAAUAAAGUGCAUAAUACAUCCGAUCGGGAAAAUGCUUCAAAAACAAAGGAUUCCGUAGAAGACAAUGAAUUUCCUCCACGUUGGAAUCUUUCAGCAACAUUGUGCCUCAUGUCGCAAGAUAUAGAUGAACGGGUCGACCUAGAUCAGAACGAGACGAAUUUGAGUCCAACAACAAUACCAUCGACGACCUCAAACAACGAAGAUAGUGAAAGUACUUCUGGUGGUUUUGGUUUUCCUUUAACAACAAAUGUUUUCACUCCGAAGGAUUGGUCAACAUUAUCGGCUCGUAGUUCACCUUGUUCUUCUUCAAAUAUUAGUGAAAACGAUAUCGACAUUCCAUUUCUUUCUCGUCAUUUAUCAUGCUCAUCAUUAAAUUUUACAUCAAAUCAACAAAAGGUGCCACUAAAACAUUGCUCAGUCAGUUCAUUUCCUAUUGAGAUGGAAACUUUGGCUUUAUAUAGAGAACGAAAAUUAUUGGAUAAUGGUGAUGAUGAAAGAGAUGAAUAUUUUGAAGCUUCCAGUCCUAACAGUGCUCAAAAAUCGCUUAAUAGCGGCAAAUUACAUACCAAAAACCCUUUAAAUUCAUUAAAAUCGACAAAUAUGGAUUUGAAUGAGCAUAAUCAAAUCACUAUGCAAAAAUCUCCUAAUACUUCUGUUCAUUCUCCUUCAUUUAUGCGGUUAGCUCCUAGCUCGCGAGUUGCACAUAUAAGGCGUGAAAGUAUUUGUAGUAUGGAAAGUGAAUUGGCACAUGAAAAACUUGUAACUCUUUCCCAACAGAUGUCAAAAGGAUUCGAUGAUUUUCGUAUAACAGAAGGUUGGAUGCGUGGAAAAGCCGAAUCAUUCUCCGAACCGAUUUCAGUAUUCACGAAUGUUGUACAACAUUGUUCAGUGCCAUCGCCAUCUUGCUCAGUUGAUCGACAGAAGGUAAUCAAUUAUCACAUUUUUAUGGCAAAAUGA